AUGGAUCCAGCGAGCUUGGUACUCGCACAGCAAAGACCUGUAGGCGUGCCGAAUUCAUACCGCGCCCUCGCCGAUCACGCCGGCGUCCCAUGCUCUACCCUCCACCACCGCGCUCGGGGCCGACAAUCGCUGCGUGCGAAAGCGGAACGUCAGCAAUACCUCACGCCCCCAGAAGAGCAAGCCGUAGUCGAGUUCCUGUUGCACAUGUCCAAGUUAGGACAACCAGUCCGGAUGAAGCAUGUUCCCUCGAUAGCAUUCAGCGCGACGCGACAGCGUUGCGCCAACAACGGACCAUCGAAGCCGCCAGGUAAAAAUUGGGCCAAGGCCCUGGAAAACCGACACCCAGAGCUGAGAGCAAAGCGGGUUGGAGCAUUAGAUUGGAAUCGACAUGAGAAGAACAUAUAUGGAAAGAUUGUACAC